AUGGCACAUGAGCAUAAAUGUUGUAAUAAACAGAAAGUGAGGCUAGGUGCUUGGUCAACUGAAGAAGAUGAAACACUUUUCGCUUACGUUAUAAAUCAUGAUCAAGUAAAAUGGAGCUUCGUUCCAGAACUUACUGGACUUAAAAGAUGCGGGAAGAGUUGCCGGUUGAGAUGGAUCAAUUACUUGAAUCCAAAUAUAAAGCAUGGAAAUUUCACCACUGAAGAAAUUAGUCUUAUAUUUAGUCUCCAAAAAUCAAUUGGCAAUAAGUGGGCACAAAUUGCAAAACAUAUGCCAGGUAGAACAGCUAAUGAGAUCAAAAACUUCUGGAACUCAAAGCAAAAGAAGAAGUGGUUGGUAUCCAACAAUCAACCUAAUGAAGCAUCUUCCUCAUCUGAAACCAUCCAUCAUAUCUCCAUUCUUGAAUCAUUUUAUCAACAUCCCUAUCCCCCAACUUACACCGAUAACUUUCAACUAAAUCAUGGAUCAAACAUGCAUUCAUUAGUUGAUUGUAGUCUUAAUGAAGAACCACCUAUGAAUCAACUCUACACAAUACCUCCUUAUGCUCCAUCAUCAAUGGCAUCAAAUAAUGUACCGAUGAUGUUGACCAUCUCACAUGAUCAUGGAUUUUUGAACUCAAGUGUCUCAAGUAUAUGGAUGACCCCAACAAGUUAUGCUCAAAAUUUUCCAACUGGGUGUCACAUGCAUACAAACUUGAUUACUUGGAUUGAUGAUGAUCAACCUAAUUCUUCUAAGCCUCUAGAGGAUCAACCUUACUCUUCUCAACCUCUAGAGGAAGUUGAGGAAUUUGAUAUCAACGAGUUCUUCAAUUUUGAUCUAUUUGAGGAGGAUCAAAUGAAAUUUGAAGCAAGUCAGUAUAACAACAGUCAUGUUAUAUGA